GCGCGCUUGCAGCACGAAGCUCGAGAACCGUCGCGUAAAACAAAGUCAGAGGGAGAAACCGUCGGAACUGUAACUGCAAACAGUUAUGUCGUGUUUCUUGUAACUGUUAAUGUCAAUAUACCAAAGUGUAUCGCAAAGCAAACGAGAGGCGCGAGUUUCAAAUCAAACACAUACUAAACGCAAACGCGCCUCUGUUUCAGCAAGCAAAGUUAUUUUUUGAAAAAAGCAAUCAAAAUUGUUGAGUGCAGUCUUGGCUACAAUAUGAUGGACGUUAGCAGCAUGUACGGCAACCAUCCACAUCAUCAUCCACAUGCUACUGCCACGGCCUACGAUGGCUACGGCAGCAACUACUUUCCCUCCCCGACCCACCAUAUUCAACAGCAGCAGCAACAGCAGCAACAGCAACAACAACAACACCAACAACACCAACAGCAGCAACAGCAACUGCAGCAGCAGCAGCAACUGGCCUACAAUGGCUAUGACAGCAACUCGCCCAAUUACUAUCAGCAGCAGCUAACGCCGCCGCCAACCCAACACCAGCUGCAACAUCCUCUCGCUCAGCAACAACAGCAACAGCAGCAGCAACAGCAUCAACUUUACCCGCAUUCGCACCUGUUUAGUCCCAGCGCAGCAGAGUACGGCAUCACAACCACGGCGGCUGUGGCCACCUCCGGCAGCACUCCAUUACAUCCCACUAGCCACUCGCCCGCCGACUCUUACUACGACAGCGAUUCGGUGAACCCGUAUUACGCCACAGCCGCUGUAGCUACCGUGCCGCCUCCUGCCAACAAUUCGCCUGUGACAGCGGCCAAUGCGACGCAGCAGCAGCAGCAACAACAGCAACAGCAGCAGCAGGCUCUGGAUGCGCAUGCACCCAUUAUUAGCUCGGAGAACGGCAUGAUGUACACUAACCUGGAUUGCCUCUACUCGCCAAGUGUAGCGCAGGCGCAGCCACAUGUCUACGCCGGCCAAAUGGAGGAGAAGUAUGCUGCAGUGCUGCAUGCGGGCUAUGCGGCUGCAGCGCCUAGCAUGCUGCUGGAGGAUCCGUCAGACGCCAUGUUGCAGCUGGCUGCCGGACAGCAGCAGUCGCCGCCUCAAAUGUGGCACCAUCAUCAGCACAUGGGAGGCGGCUACGCCUUGGAUACAGGCAUUGCCAUGGACUAUCCGCACGCGCAUCUGCAUCACGGUCUCAGUCACGGACACUUAGCCAGCUUGACUAGCAGCGCACAGCAGCAGCAGCAGCAGCAACAGCAACAGCAACAACAGCAGCAACAACAACAACUUCAGCAACAUGCGGCCGGUAGUGCACCUGCUCAGGCGGUGCCGCAGCAUUCGAUAUCGCCCAACGGCGCCAGCAAUUGCCUGUCCAUGGCAAGAAAUCAACGUGGCGGCGGCGUCACGUCACCUGGCAGCUCCACCUCAUCAUCCACAGCAUCUGUGUCCGCUGCGAACUCCACGCACCAAGCGAACUCCCAAUCCAAAUCCCCAAAUCACGCGACCAGCAUUCCAACAUACAAAUGGAUGCAGCUCAAGCGGAAUGUUCCCAAGCCCCAAGCACCGAAACUACCUGCCAACAUGAGCAACAUGCACGAUUACCAGCUGAAUGGUCACCUGGACAUGUGCCGCGGGGGCAGCUCUGCCGUCUUGCCCAUCCAGAACCCGCUGCUGCCGAGCAGCGCGAGCACGGGCGUCGCCACCAAUGGCCUGCCCAUGGGCGCCGGCGGUGGUGCUGCGGCUGUCGGUGGCGGUGCCGUUGGGGGCCCCGCCGGCGUCGGCCUCAGCAACUGCAGUCUGUCAUCCACGAACAACUCGGGCCGCACCAACUUCACCAACAAGCAGCUCACUGAGCUGGAGAAGGAGUUCCACUUCAAUCGCUACUUGACCCGUGCCCGCCGAAUCGAAAUUGCCAACACGCUGCAGCUGAACGAGACGCAGGUGAAAAUAUGGUUUCAGAAUCGUCGCAUGAAGCAAAAGAAGCGCGUCAAAGAAGGUCUCAUUCCGGCGGAUAUGAUAACGCAGCACAGCGCACCCGUCUUAGCUGAGAAGCAGCCCCUACAACAACAGCAACAGCAACAGCAACAUCAACAGCAACAGCAGCCACAACAGCAACAACAACACCAGCAGCAGCARCAACAACAACCCGAUCUGAAGGCUUCCGAAUUGACCAGCAGUGAAUUGCCAACAACAGCAGCAGCAGCAACAGCAACAGCAGCAACAACAGCAAUAGCCAAAUAGAAUUAAACAAUUACUAGCGAUU